GCUAUAAGAGGGACCGUAAGCCCUGACUGGCCCUCACAGCAAGCCUAGCAUAGAAGUCCACUCAUCUGCUAGACAGACCAGUGCUGCGCUCACAACCACUCGUCUGGCUGUUCUUCACCCAAGCAGCCCGAUUUCACCACGACGACUACACUUCAGAGAGGUGUCACUAACGCUAACAGCCCGCACACACGUUCUCAUACAUAACUUCUCAAAAUGAAUCUUGAGCCACCGAAACCUGAGAUCAAGUCAGCCACUCGUGUCAGCGGAGGCCCCGCCACCCCACGCAAGGGACCCCCCAAGUUCAAGCAGAGGCAGACCCGUCAGUUCAAAAGCAAGCCUCCAAAGAAGGGAGUCCAGGGCUUUGGAGAUGAUAUCCCUGGAAUGGAGGGCUUAGGCACAGACAUCACUGUCAUUUGCCCAUGGGAGGCCUUCAAUCACCUGGAGCUGCAUGAACUGGCCCAGUAUGGUAUCAUCUGAGCCUUCCCACAUCUCCCUGCAAUCCCCUGAGGAUUACAGACCACCUUCAUGCACUUCAAACCAUCUGCCUCAGGAUCCAUCUCCUAUCUUUAUGUGGAACUACUGAACCAUUAUGAACUGUAACAAACACAAAAAAAUGGAAAAAGAAAAAAAAAAUCCACAAAAAAAAACCCCUUCUCUUCCCAACUAUGGAUUCCUUCUCUGAUUCUUCAGCUCACACACAUCUGCUCAUGUUUAGGAUCUGUUGUUUUUAAAUCUCACCCCUUCACACUAGAUCUGCACUGUUAUCCAGCCACUCUUCACUUUCACUAUCAUUGUCUCUCUCCCUCCUUUUCUCUUCUUUCCUGUUCACCUUCAUGGACAAAACAACGAAACUUACGCAAGCAAGGCAGCCUCAAUUUGAGUUUAAGUGACAAACCCGUGAAGUGGGUGGGUUCCCAUUUCACGUGCUUCGGCACCUCUCUCGCCAUCUCAGAGGUUUUUCCAUCAAUGCCGAACCUAUAAAACACUAAACCUGAAUUCUGUAGAGAGCAGACACCAGCUUGCCAUUGCUGAGCGUAAUAUUUCGAAGGGAUAAACAUUAACCCUAGAACACUAACAUGAGUUUUGCAACACUAUCAUUCUCAUUUUCACAUGGGUGAAAAAUCACCAGACAUUAGUGUUCUCAGGUUAAUCAGAUAUCCCUCUAUUCCCUCUGGUUGAACAUUUAACUGCACCAGGACACAGAGAUCUUAACGUUUGUGGAAUGUGGAAGUCUUCGGGUAGUUGAUGCAUGUGAAGAACAACCUUUGAUCUUUUUACAACACAAACUAAGAAAUAAACCACUUCAGUCUGACUUUAGUAGAUUAUAAAUGUUCAGGAAACCAGUGUCUUCACUGCAACUACCAGUAGUGCAUGUGUCCAUCAUUUUCCUUCAUAUCUCUUCUUAUUUGUAUAUCUCCCAUGUGUAUCAGUGUAUAUGCAACUAUGUAUUUUAUGUUUAUUUCUAAUACUUUCACACAACACUGCUGUGCCCUGUGUGUGUGUAUAUUUGUGUUUUUAAGCUCAUUAUUUUAGCCUUCAUUUGUUGAUCUCACGUAGAGUAGGUUGUACAUUUUUCAUCGUUGUCCAUUAUUCAGUAUUAUGUUUAUUUCAUCUCUAUAGCCCUCUCUAUCAUCAUCAUCCUAUUGCCCCCUCAAACUUGUGUCUUUCAAAACAUUAUUCUAACUGAGAAAAUGCUGAGAAGCUUUGACGAUGUAAAGCUGGUGGAUGCACUGUAGUAGUGAAAGAUGGCAGAGGAAUGAAUGGGAUGGAUGUUUCAGUAGAGAUCUGAAGAGAUGUGUAAUGGAGCUUUGUCCUCUCUACAGGAUGAGGGAUAAAAAUAAAGCAUAAAAAGAGGAAAAUAAAAA